ACCUGCAGAAUUAACACGAUUCCCACUACUCGAGAGGCUAUAUCUUGAUAACAAUAAACUCACACAUUUGCCAGCAGAACUUGGUGAAGUGAAAAGCUUGAAAGUGCUAAAUGCUGACAAUAACAUGCUGGUUUCUCUCCCUGUUGAACUGAAACAGUGUGUUGUGCUGGUUGAGUUGUCGCUGGAAAAUAACAAACUUGUCCGUCCGCUAUUGGAUUUCAGGUCUAUGUCUGAGCUUCGUGUUCUUAGGCUCUUCGGUAAUCCUCUUGAGUUUCUUCCUGAAAUUUUGCCAUUGCAUAAUCUUCGGCAUUUAUCUCUGGCCAAUAUCAGAAUUGAGGCAACUGAAAAUCUUAAAUCUGUGAAUGUGCAUAUAGAGACAGAUAACAGCUCCUAUUUCGUCGCAUCUAGACAGAAACUCAGUACGUUCUUCUCUCUUGUUUUCCGCUUUUCUUCAUGCCAUCAUCCUUUGCUGGCCUCUGCUCUUGCUAAAAUGAUGCAAGAUCGUGGCAAUUAUAUGUCCAUUAGCAAAGAAGAAAAUGCUGUACGACAGCUCAUAAGUAUGAUUAGCAGCGAUAAUCGCCAUGUUGUUGAACAAGCUUGUUUUGCUCUUUCUUCCCUAGCAGCAGAUGUUUCUUUAGCAAUGCUGUUAAUUAAGGCUGACAUCAUGCAGCCCGUUGAAUUUGUUCUUAGAUCUAUUGACCAAGAAGAACUCAUAUCUGUGUUGCAAGUAGUAGUCACCUUGGCAUUUGCCUCUGAUAGUGUUGCUCAAAAGAUGCUUACAAAAGAUGUGCUGAAAUCACUAAAAGCACUCUGUGCUCACAAGAAUGCGGAGGUCCAGCGGUUAGCUUUAUUUGCUGUUGGUAAUUUAGCUUUCUGUUUGGAGAAUCGUCGCAUCUUAACUCAAUCUGAGAGUUUGCAUGAACUUCUCCUACGAUUGACGGUAACAGCUGAGACACGUGUGAGUAAAGCUGCAGCACGUGCCUUAGCAAUCUUUGGAGAAAAUGAAGCUUUGCGUCGAGCAUUAAGAGGAAAGCCGAUUGGUAAGCGAGGACUUCGCAUACUCUCAAUGGAUGGAGGUGGCAUGAAAGGUUUGUCAACAGUGAAGAUGCUUAAACAAAUUGAACAAGGAACUGGAAAACGCAUACAUGAACUAUUUGAUCUUAUCUGUGGCACAUCCACUGGUGGUAUGCUUGCAAUUGCUCUUACAAUAAAACAAAUGACCUUGGAUCAGUGUGAAGAAAUAUAUAAACAGUUAGGAAAGCUUGUGUUUGCUGAACCAACCCCAAAAGAUGAAGCUGCAACUUGGAGGGAAAAGCUGGAUCAACUUUAUAAAAGUUCAUCACAAAGCUUUAGAGUUGUUGUUCAUGGGUCAAAACACAGUGCAGAUCAAUUUGAAAUAUUGCUGAAAGAGAUGUGUGCUGAUGAUGAUGGUGAUCUCCUAAUAGAAUCUGCUGUGAAAAACAUUCCAAAGGUCUUUGUUGUUUCUACACUGGUCAGUGCCGUGCCAGCUCAACCAUUUCUGUUCAGAAACUAUCAGUAUCCAGCUGGCACUCCAGAGCUGCCAUCAAUGAUGGCUGAAAGUCCUUCAAUCAGUGCAGUUGGAACAACCUCACCAAAUCCUCAAAUUGGUAUCCGGCGCGGAGCUUUCAUGGGAACCUGUAAGCAUCGGAUAUGGCAGGCUAUAAGAGCUUCAUCUGCUGCGCCAUAUUAUCUUGAUGAUUAUUCAGAUGAUGUUAAUCGCUGGCAGGAUGGAGCUAUUGUAGCAAACAAUCCAACAUGUAUUGCUAUAAGAGAAGCACAACUGUUAUGGCCUGAUACACAAAUCGAUUGUCUAGUUUCAAUGGGAUGUGGUUCAGUUCCGACAAAGGCUCGUAAAGGAGGUUGGCGUUAUUUGGAUACAGGACAAGUGUUGAUCGAGAGUGCAUGCUCAACAGAGCGAGUUGAGGAAAUAUUGGACACAUUACUACCUCUACUGCCCGACUUGCAGUACUACCGUUUUAAUCCAGUUGAUGAGCGGUGUGAUAUGGAACUAGAUGAGACUGAUCCUGCUAUUUGGCUUAAGUUGGAAGCAGCUACUGAGGAGUACAUUCAGAAGAAUGCUCAAGCAUUCAAGAAUGUCAAUGAGCAUUUACUUGCGAGAUUCCAGAAUGAAGACAAAAUGUUUGAGCAUCUGAAGACCUAUGGCUCUUCAAAGUUGAACAAUUCACAUCCAGGAAAUGAUGAAAAUAGCCCUUCAUUAGGUUGGAGGCGCAUGGUCCUACUUGUGGAGUCUUCUAAUAGUCCUGAUGCUGGAAAGACUGUGAACCAUGUCCAGUCUCUUGAGACAUUUUGUGCUCGUAACCACAUUAAAUUGUCACUUACUAACAGGAGUGCAGGAAUUUCUAAGCUAACAAAUACAGUUCCUACACCCUUCACAUCUCCCUUAUUUACUGGAAGCUUUCCAUCAAGUCCACUUUUAUACAGUCCUGAAUAUGGUCCUAGACGAGGGAAUCAUAUUGAUUUAGUUCCACCACUUAGCUUGGAUGGCCAUCAAAUUGGAAUGUCACAACCAACUUCUCCGUCAGCUUCCAGGCUGCCUUCAAUACAUGUGCGCUCAUUACAUGAGAAACUACAAAACUUGCCACAAGUAGGCCUAAUACAUCUGGCUCUUCAAAAUGACUCAACUGGUUCCAUACUAAGUUGGCAGAAUGAUGUGUUUGUGGUUGCUGAACCUGGGGAACUUGCAGAUAAAUUUCUUCUUAGUGUUAAAUCUAGCUUAUCAUCAAUGAUGCGAGGUCGUAGAAGGAAGGACCUUUGUUCCUUGACAAAGAUUUCAUCUGUAUCUGAUCUAGUUGCACAGUGGCCAAAAUUUCAAGUUGGAGGCGUCCUUCAUCGUUAUAUUGGACGCCAAACUCAAGUUAUGGAGGAUAACCAGGAGAUUGGUGCCUUUAUGUUUCGACGUACGGUUCCUUCUGUUCAUCUGACAUCUGAGGAUGUUCGUUGGAUGGUGGGAGCAUGGAGAGAACGAAUCAUCAUCUUCACAGGUCGGUGUGGCCCACCUUCAAACCUCUUAAAAGCUUUCUUCGAUUCAGGAGCAAAAGCCAUCAUUGCAUCAAAGGCUGAAGCUCCUGACACACGGUCGACAGGAUUUCAUGCUCCGGGAGAAAACAAUGGCUCCGAGAAUGGCAAAUUCGUAAUUGGAGACGAAGAAGCUGAGGAUGAAGAACAAGAUAGUCCAGAGCCUGACCCAUCUAGCCCAAUGAGCGAUUGGGAGGACAGCGAUGCUGAGCAGGGAGGAACUGAUCAUUUGAUGGACUGGGAUGAUGAUUAUGAAGAAAAUCUCUCUCAGUUUGUUUGCCUUUUAUACGACAUGCUGUUCCGUGAGGGAGCAACUGUGAAUGUUGCGCUACAUCAUGCACUUCGUGCCCAUCCGAAGUUAAGGUAUACAUGCCAUCUACCAAAUGUACUCUGAUCGAAUGGAAUACAAGUGUAGAUCAAUAAUAAAACAAACAAAUUGUUAUAGACAAGAGGAUAAGGAAAACCAGAGGGAGAGAUCAGUUUUGUGUUGUAGAGGAUAUUUUAUAAAUUAAAAGGGAAACGAGAGAGAGUGUCGAUGCCUUGAGUGCCGAAAAAUUAAGAUGUGUAUAAGCAGUUACAAUAUAGUAUCAAUGAAAUAAAUAAAUAAAUAAAUAAAUAAAUAAA